AUGAUUAUUUUACGAGUAUCCAUUGUUCUUCUUUGUAUUUGUUUCUAUCACAUAUCUUCUGAUCGUGUCUCGUCAACAACUGCACGAUGUAAACGACAGAUCAGUAAAGCGUCUGGCUGUAUUCUCACACCACAGGCUGUUGAAGGACCGUACUACUGGAAUGCUACUAUCCGCCAAAAUAUCACAGAAGGCAAAGCUGGUAUUGCACUUCGCCUCUCUGUCUAUGUCACCGAUACAAACAACUGCACACCUCUGGUCAACGCACUCGUUGAUCUCUGGCACUGCGAUGCAGUGGGAAUCUACUCGCACUACAUCGCAGCGAGUCAAGGUGUUCAAAACGGUGCAAACGAUAAUCAGACAUUCUUCCGAGGAUUGACUCUAACGGAUGGAAACGGUAUUGCAACAUUCAAUACAAUCUACCCAGGAUGGUACACAGGUCGUGCAACACACAUUCACCUCAAAGUACACGUUGGAAUGAAUGUGACAAGCAAUACUAGUGGAACAUACUCAGGCGGCCAUGUGUCACACACGGGUCAACUUUUCUUCAACGAUACGCUCACCGAUUCGGUCGCACUCAUGUCACCUUACUCGACACAUACGAUCGUCCGAACUCGAAACUCAGAAGAUAAUAUCUAUGCCUCAUCGAAUGGGUCAGUGACACUGUUAUCAAUCACGCAGAACUCGGAGACCAGUUGGACUGGGGUAGUGACAAUUGGUGUGAACUCAACUGCUACACCAAGUGCAGUUAGUAAUGGUGGUGGCAUGCCACCUAAUGGCACAAAUAUGGGGACACCGAUGCGCAACACAAGUGCAGUCAUUGCAACAGUUACUGUAACUACAUCGGCAUCUGCGUUUGCAUCUACAUUAGUUUUCGGAAUACAAGCUUCAUUCUACAUUUCUAUACUAAAUCUUCUGUAUGUGUUCUUAUUAGAAAUAUAG